GGCAUAUAUAACAAGACUUCCAGCCUAUUCGUAAACACAACAGUGUUCGGAAGUGAAUAUCGAGCAAUAACAUGACUGUAUUGGCCAUUUAAGAAGAAACUUUAUUUCAUUCCUCCUCAACAUGAAGCGCCUUUACCUGGUGGAGCCGGUGGUGGCUCUGUAUGCUUUUAGCAGUUUUCUCAUCUACCCGCUGGUCCAGCAGUAUGUGUACAGGAGGCUCUGGCAACAGCUGACCAACACUCCCUAUCCCGUCUCGGACAACUCUUCCAGAUGUGCUCCAAGUAACAGCAGCAGCAAUCAGACCGACUUCCAUAAGGAGGUGCAGAAGCAGACGUCUCUUUUCUCCCUUUACUCGGAGCUACUCUCCACAAUCCCAUCUUUGAUCGUUACUCUUGUGCUGGUGGCCUAUAGUGACCGGGGCGGACGCAAGAUCACCAUCAUUAUGCCUCUGAUCGGCACACUGAUAUAUACCAGCACCUUCCUGACUGUGUCCUUCUUUGAGCUCAACAUCUACCUUCUCAUUGGCUCUUCCUUUCUUAGCUCUCUGUUUGGGGGUAUAAGCACUUUCCUGGGAGGCUGUUUUGCCUAUAUAGCGGACUUGUGCCAAGACGACCGGCAGAAGACGCUGCGAAUGGCCGGAGUGGAUAUGAUGAUUGGACUGUUGUCUGGAGUGGCUGCGAUAUCUACAGGUUACUUCCUGAGAGCCGCAGGCUUUAACUGGCCUUUCUUAACUUCAGCCCUGUGCCAGUGUUUGAUCCUAGUCUAUGCAAUUUUUAUCCUGGAGGAGACUGUAAGAAAGACUCCCGCUGAUGGCAGUGAUAUUGACGGGUCUCCUCAGCGCCCUGGAUUGAGACAGUUGAUCUUUGGGCUCUGCCAGAUCUUUGCAAGAGCAAGCUACAAGUGUAAAAUAGUCUUAGCCCUCCUGAUGAUCAUCUUCACCAGCUUCACCUUCACCUACAUUGGAGGCAUCUCCUUAGUGACACUAUAUGAGCUGAACGAGCCACUGUGCUGGACUGAGAUUCUGAUUGGGUAUGGCUCAGCACUGUCCACCACGGUGUUCCUCACCAGUUUUCUGGGAGUGUCGGCAUUCACAUACUGUGGAGUCCCGCAGCUGCUGAUCGUUGCAUUGGGGAUCUUGUCUGUGCUGUCAGGAUUGAUCAUGAUGGCGUUUGCAAAAACCACAGUUCUGAUGUUUUUAGCAAGGAUCCCCAUGCUGCUGUCCAUAAUGCCUUUCCCUGUUCUCCGCUCGGUAAUAUCAAAGAUCGUCUCCAAGUCUGAGCAAGGAGCCCUUUUUGCUUAUCUUUCCUUUCUGGAGAGUAUAUUUAAUAAUGUUGGAUCUGCAGUCUUCAAUAGUAUCUAUGCUGCAACGGUGGGGUGGUACCCGGGCUUUGCCUUCCUCUUAGCUGCGGGAUUCUGUGUCAUUCCUUUAUCUGCAAUUGUUGCAGUGGCUUUUAUCGGAGUGGAUGUUACCACUGAACCCAUAAAGUCAGAAGAUGGAACCUCUGAGGAGGACGGCCAGGCUGAGAAGGAGAACGACACCAGUCCUCUUCUCAGCUCUCCUUCUGUUAACACCUCAGCUGGACAUUGUUAACGUAUUUACCUUUUAAGUAUGUCAGUAACUUCAGUUUUCCGGGUUGAUACCACAGGAAAGUGUAAUAUUUUGUUGUUAAAUUAGUUUUGAUGUAGUGCUUCUUCUCUUUGCAGGAACUUUGUCAGUUUUAUUUUUCAUGCUAAAUACCAUUUCAAAGGGUUGUAGGCUGUGCCAUGAACACUGAAGUUCUCUGUCCUAGAACAUCUAAUGACAAAAAUAUGCUUAAGAAGGAGAACGUGAGCUUAUCAGGGGAAUAUAUGUGUGCUGUGUCUGAAUAUUUUUAAAACUUUUGAUGAAUUUAUAUAUGGUGUAAUUAAUUGUUUAAUAAUUCCAUCUUCUAAUUUACUUUUCACCUUUUAACUGUUAGCUAUUUUUUGAACAAUUUUCACCAAAAUUCUAGCACUGCCUAAUUUUCAUAAAGUUUGAAGUAACUGAUCACAUUAAUUAACAUUUUACAAAUACCGUAUUUUUCGCCCAAUAAGCCACUACUUUUUUCCCACGCUUUGAACCAUGCAGCUUACAGCCCGGUGCGGCUUUUCUGUGGAUUUUUCUUUAACCGCCACGGGGAUCUUCAGCAUGAAGUGACUCAUUAGAAGUCAAAAUUGGAAAUCGAAGAAAGCGCUAAUUUUCAUUUACACAAGCACAUUCUAGCAGCAGGCACAGCAGAGAAAUGUUUUUCAACUCAUACCCCCUCAUUAUGAAAACCACACAAAGAAGUUCAUAUGAUGCUUUUUUUUAAGUUGAAGGCUAUCGAUCAGGUGGCACAUAACAGACGCAGGACUGUGUCCUUAAUGGCAGAUUUAUUAAGGAAAACCGAGCGGCGGAGAUACCAGCGCCUUACAGCCCGGUGCGGCUGGUAUGGUUCCAGUUUUUUUUUUUUUACUUUAUGGGUAUGGCUUAUAGUGAGGUGCAUUCUAUAGUCUGGAAAGUACGGUACUCAGGACACAAAAAAUAAUAUUGCCAAAAAUCUUCCCUGUUAACUAAUGUCAAAAUGCUUUGUUGCAGAAUGUAUUAAUUUGUCUUGGGUUAAAAUGGUGUUAUUCAUUGUUUUAUUUAAACCAGAAAAGGGCCGGUUUGACUGAUUUUUGCUGGUUUUUUAAUUUCAUAUUUUGUAAAUGGACUGUACUUGUGUAGCACUUUAAGUAGUCCAGUCCAGUGGACUCCAAAGUUCUUUUUAUUACAAGUUACAGCUGCCUGGAAAAAUCUGAUUGAAGCUGCCAUUCAAUCUGCACCACCACCUCUGACUACCACAAGUAGGCAAGGCAGGUGAAGUGUCUUGCCCAGGGACAAAGUGAGUAAUAGACUGGGGUUCGAACCCUCAUCCCUGAGCCACUGUCGCUCUUUGUGAAACAUGUAAAAGUAUGUUUCUUUUCAAAAAUAUUUGCACAAUCAGUUAUGUGUUAAUUUGUCUUUUUGUUGUUUUUUUUAUUAUGUGUAAAAUUAUGAAAAAUAUAAAAGUAAAUAAUAUUUAAAAAAAUUGACACGAGAAGAUUAAAUUAAAAGGGAAACAAACCCUUGAAUUUUUAACAUGUAUUUAUGUUGAUAAGCUAGUAUGUAUUGGGAAGUGAACAUUUUAAUGAGGCAGAGAAUGCUUCUUAUGUUUCUCUAAAGAAAACUUGCUCAUUAGGUGAGCACUUUACAUCUUAAUUAGCGGUGACACAGAACACCAUUAAUUAAGAUCUGGUAUCUGACAAUGAGAACUAGCAAAAUGUGUUUUUUGACUGGGAGGCAGUGACUUGAAAUAGAAAACUGUUACGAGGGAGCUAAAAUGUAGGUCAGUUCAGAAAUAAAUACUUGUGGUGUGAAAGUUAUAAGAUAUAUUAGUAUUGUGUGAUUUGUAAUCUUUUCAACAUGGAAUAAAAUCUGUAGAAAUAAGGUUAAGUUUCCAGAGACAAAUCCAAGUUCACAAGAAGAAAAGAAUCAAUGCCACAGGACUGAACCUUUGAUUUUAAAUAUUACCAAAAGGUAGACAUUCUAAAGCAGUUUUUUGUAGAUCAAGGUUUCAUUGAUAAAAUUAAUAUUUUUGUAUCAAAAUGCACUUUAUAUUAGUUAAGGUGUCUUAAUAAAAUGAACAUAUAAAAAAGUUGUUUGUCUCUUUAAAUAUGUCCAGAAGAAUCAAUUGGAGCUAAACUAUUUUUCAAUUUUGUGUUGGUCAGUUUUUCUCUUUUUGGUAGGAUCUCAGCUGUUGCCAGACACAUUUGAAGUUGAAUCUGUUCAACAAUAAAGUGCUGUUUAAAAGAGCUUUAAAGAAGGUUUUCUUAGAAGGUUUCUUGAAAGCUUACAAAAAUACUGGCAAUAAGCAACUUUCUUGAAAGUUUACAAAAAAGUUGCUUGAAAGAAAAAUAUAAAUACUGGUACAAAUCUGAGAACAGUCCACAUUUGUCUUGACCUCCGGGAACGUGACAGUAGCUCACAACAGAAUUGCCUAUUUCAAAUAACAUCCACAAAAAAGUAAACUGAGGUGACCCAGAUCAUAAAAAAUGCUAUACCCAACACUGAGCACAUGAGAUCAUAAAGCCAGUUAAGCUACUGUUUAGAUCUUGUGCCCUGCUAUGCAACUUUGAAUUUUAAGAAUUUCAUUUGAUAUUGCAACCAAGAUCUAAUUUCCAUAAAACCUCUCUAUAUUGUUAAUACAAAAUGUCCACACCCAUCAAUGAACUUUAGAAUUUUCCUUUUUGUGUAAAACUUUCAGGCAUUUAAUUUAACUUUUUAGGAAUGUCUUUUUACAUAAACUUUCCUCAUCUUGUUCUUUUUAUUCUCAUUCAGUUAGCCUUUUCUGGGUGAGUUUUUAUAUGAGCCACUAGGUGUCAGUCUUUGUCCACCCAUCUAGCAAUACUAGCUCAGUUGGUGAAAGUGCUUCUCAUUUGAAAAAUCCCUUGUUGCAUCUUAUCAUAGCCUUCAACGUUUGUGAGGCUUUUCUUCCAUGACACAAUGUAAGUAUUAAAGUAUAUGUGUUGUAUGGAUGAUAAAUGAGCAAAAUAAAUGCAUUCAAGCCGUAUA